AUGCGACUCGACCUUUUAGGGUAUACAUAUACAUUAUAUCAGUUAUGAAUUUGAUGGAUGUAUUUAACGGAUUAUAGGGCCUACAUGUAUGCAUUGAGUUGCUAUGAGUUGUUGAUUUUAAUCUGAUUAUGAACAUGAAAAUCGCUGAAUAGUUUUAAAGACAUGUAUAUGUUGUAUUUCUAUCGAAAUUUGCUGUUAGUCUUAUACUGGUUGCUUUUCUGUAUCUCUUAAAUUCAAAUUUCACCGAUAUACGCCUAAUUUUCUAAGUUCACAAAUUCUGUGCAAAAGCCGGAUUGAAAUGAUUUUGCACCGGGCCAAUGGGCACGAGUUAUUACCGACUAAUCACAGGCCAGCUCUCUCAGUUAGGAUAACCAAUGGCAAUGGUCGUUAGUGAGGGCGCGGUGAUUUUGAAGGCAGACCUGUUAUUCAUCGACUCGGUAUAAAAUUUAUACAGAGAGCGAUCUGCCUCAUUCAUUCAUUUGACACUCGUCGAAGAUGGCUCGUACAAAGCAGACUGCAAGAAAAUCUACCGGAGGAAAGGCUCCACGUAAACAACUGGCUACCAAGGCCGCCCGUAAGAGCGCCCCAGCCACUGGUGGAGUCAAGAAACCCCACAGAUACAGGCCCGGAACCGUCGCUCUCCGUGAGAUCAGGAGAUACCAGAAAAGCACAGAGUUGCUCAUCAGGAAAUUGCCCUUCCAGCGUCUGGUCCGUGAGAUUGCUCAGGACUUCAAGACUGAUCUGCGAUUCCAGAGCUCCGCCGUCAUGGCUCUCCAGGAAGCCAGCGAAGCUUACCUUGUUGGACUCUUUGAGGACACCAACUUGUGCGCUAUCCACGCCAAGAGAGUCACCAUCAUGCCAAAAGACAUCCAGCUUGCCAGACGUAUCCGUGGCGAGAGAGCUUAAAUUUCUUUGUCUCUGACAAAUACAAAACGGCCGUUUUCACGGCCACCUAAACUUUUAGAAAAGAUGCCUAUAUUACAAUCAAUGAAGACUACAAUUCAACGAAAUUGCACAAGUAAAAAGUGCACAUUUUGAAAACAUGAGAUUAAACCCUACACACAUAAUAUGUACUUCUAAACUCUGCCCUUCUUAUCAUAUUUCACUGUGAACUACAAACAUGACAAUGGUCAAUGGGUAGAAUGAUUUGAUCUGACACAAUAUAAAAGGCCCUUCUGAAGAGAAUAUAUUAUACUAUACCAUACAGCUAUACAUAUGAUUGCAUUGUGAUUGAUUUUUUUCUCUGUAAGUUGUGCAUUUAGUCAUAACAUUACAAGAAAAAUAUUGCCGGAAAAUGUAGGGCUGUACUUGCAUCAGUACUUAAAAUUUACCGACAGAAAUGUGUAUGGCACAUAAUAUUUUAUAAUUAUUGCAACCAUAUUUGAUUCUUAUACUUCAGUCUCAGACAUUCGUGCUAUGAUGCUCGCACAUAUAACUGUGUGUUAUGUUAAAGAAAAUAUAAAGAUAGUGCAAUGAAUUAGUUUAAAAGUAGGAAAAUUCACUACUAAAAGAGCGAUUCUGCAUGAAAUUGAAAUUUGUGUAAUAUUUGUCCCCUGUAGUUCUUUUUUCAUAUUUCAGUGGUAAAGUAUGUCAUGAGCAUGUGUUCAUGUUCUUGUCGGAUUUUGUUUUCUUUUAUUCAGUUUCCUUGUAAAGAAUGGAAAGUGUAUUUUUUAUCUCAAUGAAAUGAACACUUGACUGAAUCACUGGUGCAUAAUUCAUCAAAAAGGGAAGAAAUACACAUUGAAAUUACACUAUAACUGAAAUUGCUAAAGUAAAUAUCAUCAUAUUGCAUUAUGUUUUCAUUUUGAUAUGUACUCACCGGUAAGAAAAAUGAUUUUUUUUUCUUUGCAUGUAUUUAUUACUAGAUUUAAUACAGAAUGUGUGUUUACACUUUAAAAAUGAUAUUAAACAAAAGCAAAAUGAUAAUAAUUAUUGUGUUCCUAUGUUUUGGUAAGAUGUAGAAAAUCUGGAACAAAUGAUUUAUUCAAUACCACCAUCCCUCUUUUUAAAAAAAAAGAAACCCCAAAAAGUUUUA